AUGCUGCCCCCACCACGCCUCCACCAGCCGCUGCGCCGCGUCGUCGUGACGGGGCUCGGCUGCGCGUCGCCGCUCGGCGGGACCGCCGCGGAGAGCUGGCGGCGCGCGCAGCGCGGCGAGUCGGCGGCAGCACGGUUCGACAUCGACGGCGCGUCGUUCGUCGCGGCGCGCUGCGGCGACCUGGCGCUCGACGAGAAGCGGGAGAAGGCGCGGGUCGUCGCGCUGGCGCUCCGCGCGGCCGCCGAGGCGGUCCGCGACGCCGGCGGCCUCGAGGCCCACGCGCCGGCGCGGCGCGGCGCGUCGAUCGCGUCGGGCGUCGGCGGCCUGGGCGACAUCGUCGACGCGGCGCACCGCGUCGCCGAAGGCAAGAAGCUCUCGCCGUUCUUCGUGCCGCGCGCGCUCUGCAACACGGCGGCCGGCGCCGUGUCCCUCGAGCACGCCUGCGCGGGCCCCGUGCAGACGUCGGCCGCGGCGUGCGCCGCCGGGGCCCAGGCCGUGGGCGACGCGUUCCGCCUCGUCCAGCGCGGGGACUGCGACGUCGCCCUCUGCGGCGGCGCUGAGGCGUGCGUCGACGAGGUCGCGCUCCGGGGCUUCGCGCGCAUGGGCGCGCUCUCGCGCGACGGCGCCGCGCGGCCCUUCGACGCCGCGCGGAGCGGCUUCGUGCUCGGCGAGGGCGCCGCCGUGCUCGUGCUCGAGGACGCGGCGAGCGCGGCGCGCCGCGGCGCGCGCGCCUACGCGGAGCUGCGGGGCUACGGCCUCGGCGGCGACGCCGUGCACAUGUCAGCGCCGCCGCCGGACGGCGCGGGCGUGUUGAGGGCCGCGCGCGCCGCGCUGGGCGACGCCAACUUUGAGCCUGACCUGAUCGACCACGUCAACGCGCACGCGGCCGGCACGCCCGCCGGCGACGCGGCCGAGCUCGCGGCGCUCGAGGCUUUGCUCGAAGGGCGGCGCGGCGACGACGCGCUCGUGGCGUCGACGAAGGGCGCGACGGGCCACCUGCUCGGCGCGGCGGGCGCGCUCGAGGCCUGCUUCGCGGUCCUGGCCCUGAGAGACGGCCUCGCGCCGGCGACGGCGCACCUCGCGGCGCCGCUGCCCACGUCGGCGCGCGUGACGCUCGUCGUGGAGGCGACGCGCCGGGACCUGCGCGUGGCGCUCUCGACGUCGAGCGGCUUCGGCGGGACGAACGCUGCCCUCGUCUUUUCGCACGUAUCUGGCGACCUCGGCGUCGAGGCGCGUGUAAGUGUUUUGUGA